AUCGAGUUAUGUUAUCCCCAAAAUGUGUUUUUUAAAUAAAUCUAUAUCUGCAAGUUGUCUCGUGCAAACUUAGCAGACGACGAUCUUUGGUUUGUUCGUGACGAGCGCAAAAUGAAUGCGAAAAAGGGGAACAGAAAACCUAACUGGACAAGUGACGAAUGUCUGUCACUUGUUCAGUUAGUGGAAUCAAAGAAAGAAAUAAUAAGAGGCAAAUUUUCAUCUCGAAUAACAUCAGAGGAAAAGAAGAUGACGUGGAUGUCAAUCACCGAAUCAAUCAAUGCAUCCCAUCCUCAUGUGAUUCGAUCCAAUGAAGAAGUGGAGAAAAAGUGGUAUAAUCUACUUUCAAAAUCAAGGCAGGAAAUUGCAGCAUACAGGCGAGGAACAACAGCAACAGGUGGAGGUCCAAGUACUUCUCCCCUCUCAGCGGUUGCAAGCACAGUUGAAUCAAUUCUUGGUGAAGCUAACGCAUCUAUAAGUGGAUUAGACAAUGGGAUCGACACAUCCAUGUUGCAGUUUAUUAAUCUGAGUCCAUAUGAGAGCGACUGUCUCGAUGUGGAUGUCCCAGUGUCAGUCCCAGCCAUGGUCCCUGAUCCAGCUGCAAGUACAGUCCCUGUUCCGGCCUCAGUACAACUUCCAGUUCCCGUGACUGACAGGAAGAGGGAGCUGGAAUUAAAAGUGUUAGAGGCCCAGCUUGAGUAUUACCAACUGAAGAUAAAGAAAUUGAAAAGAGACUAAGGAACUGUGUGAUAUAUAAAGAUGUUCAAUGUUGUUUCCACCAUAAUAAAGAUGCUAUCACAGUAAAA